ACCUCAUACAAUUACACAAGAAACAUUGAAUUUGUGGUAGUAGUUGGUUUCUCACUAUAAAACAUUACAUUUUACAUUUUGUAACCAGGGACAUUAAUGAUGUAAAUAAAUGAUGUAGAACAAACCACAUCUCAUAACUCACAGCUGAUUUAUUUACACAAAGCACAGCACACUUAUAAAUUAAUAAACACUUUACAAGCACCCAACCAUGAUCUCUGGGCAGGGAAUACUUUGGCUUGCUUUAAAAUUUGAUGUGGGUGACACAUUUAUUUUAAUUAUUCAUUUAUAACAUUAAAAAAGAUAUCCACAGGACCGACAAAAAGUGAAGAGUCAAUAUGUUGGGGAUGGAAAAAGCCAUACACGUCUCUGCAGAAUACACUCCACUGAUGGUAUUAUACACACUAUAAAAACACACGUGACUUUGAAUUUAUCUAGAUUACAUGCACUAUAUCUGUGAAGAACAUAUAAUUUUUAUUUAAAAAAGAAAAAAUAUAAAACAAUAUAUGAUGAAUUGAAUGCUUGACAGUCUAGCAGAAUAUGCAACUAUAUUCAGCAGUGUUCACAUAAAAUAUAUAUAGGUGUUCUUCUCAACUCGUCUCAAAUGCAUAUGUCUGCUAAUCCCAAUCUGUGCCCACUAGUGCAGAACAGUGAAGAGAAAGACAUACAGACAAAGAGACAGACAAAGUGAGAGUAAGUGAGUGAGAGAGAGAGAGAGAGAGAGAGAGAGAGAGAGAGAGAGAGCUUUUAAAGGAUUUGACAGUGAUUUGUAGAAUCACAGUUGUGGAUUGUUUGUGCUUUUUUACGUUCUCCCUGAUUUUCUCCUGCAUCGUUCCGUCAUUAUCAAUACUUUCUGCCUAAUAAUUCCUCGUGUUAAGUGAAUCUUCAGACUGUCGUUGCGUGUGAGGUAAUUUUAAGAUGAGAGCUGAAGACUCCGCUGCUGUUGGUACCACAGACUAUCGAGCUUCAAAAACAUCAAACUUCAGCUCCAGAUGGGCGCACACUGGCACCGCCAUCAACCGGAGACACAGGUAGAGAGGAAAGCUUUGUGCUGUGGCAGAAGGACCAGACGCUUGUAUGGCAGACACUAUGACACCACUGCACCUCACAUCGCUGCUAUGCCAUCACAGAGAUAUCAGCAAGUCACCCGGACAACUCGUGAGCUUCUUGGUUAACAUCCUGUGGAUAGUGAUGAUUGGAUUUAUGGCACAAUCCUGGUCGCUAACCUCUUCAGAAACUCAACCGCACUCCAUAAAGAUCGAGGGAGAUAUCACUCUCGGGGGCCUCUUUCCAAUACAUUCCAGGGGCCCGGCUGGUGUUGCCUGUGGGGAAAUUAAAAAGGAGAAGGGGAUCCAUCGUAUGGAGGCCAUGUUGUAUGCAUUGGACCAGAUCAACAGUGACCCAGACCUGCUGCCUAAUAUCACCCUAGGUGCCAGGAUACUAGACACGUGCUCCAGGGAUACCUAUGCGCUAGAACAGUCCCUUACUUUUGUUCAAGCCCUCAUCCAGAAAGACAACUCGGAUGUUCGAUGUUCCAAUGGAGAGCCGCCCAUCAUCCCAAAACCAGAGCGCGUGAUAGGGGUCAUCGGGGCUUCGGCCAGCUCAGUGUCCAUAAUGGUGGCUAAUGUUCUUCGACUGUUUUCGAUACCUCAGAUAAGUUAUGCUUCCACAGCACCCGAGCUUAGUGACAACAACCGCUAUGAUUUCUUCUCUCGAGUGGUACCGCCCGAUUCUUUCCAGGCCCAGGCGAUGGUGGACAUUGUCAAAGCCAUGGGGUGGAACUAUGUUUCCACUUUGGCAUCGGAGGGGAACUACGGAGAGAGUGGUGUUGAUGCUUUCAUCCAGAUAUCUAGGGAAGCAGGGGGUCUUUGCAUUGCACAAUCCAUUAAAAUUCCCAGGGAGCCCAGACCAGGAGAGUUUGACAAGAUCAUCAAGAGGCUAAUGGAGACAUCUAAUGCCAGAGGAGUUAUUAUCUUUGCCAAUGAAGAUGAUAUUAAACGUGUACUGGAAGCAGCAAAAAGAUCCAAUCUUACAGGUCACUUCUUAUUUGUGGGCUCUGAUAGUUGGGGAGCAAAGAUUGCACCCAUUCUGAACCAGGAGGACGUUGCAGAGGGUGCAGUCACCAUACUGCCUAAGCGGGCAUCCAUUGAGGGGUUUGACCAGUACUUUACCACAAGAUCUUUAGAAAACAACAGGAGGAACAUCUGGUUUGCUGAAUUCUGGGAAGAUGAUUUUAAAUGCAAACUCACAAGACCGGGGAUCCGAACGAGCAGCGGUCUCAGGAAAUGCACAGGAGAAGAACGAAUCAGCAGAGAUUCUCCAUACGAGCAAGAAGGGAAGGUGCAGUUUGUGAUUGACGCGGUUUAUGCCAUGGCCUAUGCGCUCCACAGCAUGCACAUGGACCUCUGCCUGGGUGCUAUGGGCGUUUGUGAUAAAAUGGAUCCUGUGGAUGGGAGAAUGCUGCUGAGGUACAUCCGCGCUGUCAAUUUUAACGGCAGUGCUGGUACAGGUGUGAUGUUUAAUGAAAAUGGUGACGCCCCGGGACGAUACGAUAUCUUCCAAUACCAGCUGUCCAAUAGCACCAGCCCAGGAUAUAAGAUCAUCGGCCAGUGGACCAAUCACCUGCGACUCAAUGCUGAAGACAUGCAGUGGUCAGGUGGGGAGAAACAAGUACCAGACUCAGUCUGCAGUUUCCCGUGUGAGUCUGGAGAGAGGAAAAGGAUGGUAAAAGGCGUCCCUUGUUGCUGGCACUGUGAAUUGUGUGAUGGCUACCAGUACCUCCUGGAUGAGUUUAACUGUGACACCUGCCCCUUCGACAUGAGACCCACCCCAAACCGCACCGGUUGCAGACCCACCCCCAUCAUCAAGCUGGAGUGGAGCUCUCCAUGGGCCAUUAUACCUGUGUUUCUGGCCGUGCUGGGAAUCCUGGCUACAUCCGGAGUUAUUAUCACCUUCAUACGCUUCAAUGACACCCCCAUAGUCCGAGCGUCAGGCCGAGAGCUCAGCUACGUUCUCCUGACAGGCAUUUUUCUCAUUUAUGUCAUUACCUUCCUCAUGAUCGCCGAGCCGGGCACGGUGGUGUGCGGCUUUCGCAGGCUGUUUUUAGGGCUGGGCAUGUGCAUCAGUUACGCAGCCAUGCUCACCAAAACUAACCGAAUAUACAGAAUCUUCGAGCAGGGAAAGAAAUCGGUCACGCCGCCGAAAUUUAUCAGUCCCACGUCACAGCUGAUCAUCACCUUCAUUCUGAUCUCAUUACAGGUCCUGGGAAUUUUCGUUUGGUUUAUAAUUGUUCCUCCUCACACUAAUAUUGACUUCGAUGAGCUGCGGCCCCCCAACCCUGAGUUUGCACGGGGGAUCCUGAAAUGUGAUAUCUCAGAUCUCUCUCUGAUUGGCUGUCUGAGCUACAGUAUGGCACUGAUGGUCACGUGUACAGUCUAUGCCAUCAAGAGCAGAGGGGUCCCUGAAACCUUCAAUGAGGCCAAACCUAUCGGCUUUACUAUGUACACCACAUGCAUCAUCUGGUUGGCCUUCGUUCCCAUAUUCUUUGGCACGUCACAAUCCACAGAAAAGAUGUUCAUUCAGACCACCACGCUGACCGUGUCUAUGAGCCUAAGCGCCACCGUAUCCCUGGGCAUGCUGUACAUUCCCAAAGUCUACGUGAUCAUCUUCCACCCAGAGCAGAACGUUCAGAAGCGCAAGCGUAGCUUCAGGGCCGUGGCACAGGCGGCUGCCGUCUCAUCUCGUCUCUCGCAGAGAUUUAAUGAUAAGCAGAAUGGGGAUACCAAAAGUGAGGCAGAAAAAUCCUAAUAAAUGCCACAAAGGUUACCAAGGGCUGUGAGCUGUACUUCCUCUUAAAACAGGUUCAGGGAAACCUCAAAUGGACAAGAGUUACUAAAAUGUGGUAGUUGUUGUAACAUUAACAGCAGCACAGGCGAUUUGGAGGAGAGUCAUGAAGAAAUAAUGAAUGCUUUGUACAUUAUGUACAGAACUUACAGGACCAAUGGAUUCUUUAUGAUGUGCAACUCUUGCAUCAGCUUUGAGACUGUAAUGUAUUUGUCCCCUUUUAUAUUUCCCCUGUCAGCACUGCAUCGUCACCGAGUUCGUCUGAAGAAUGUCUAAAAUGAGUCUCUUUGGAAAAAAGAAACAUGUCUGUCUGAAAAUGUGUCUGAAGAGUACACAUGUACAUGACAUCAGACACGACUUUGCAGUAUUGUAGCAGAUCAAAUGAUGUCCUGGCAUCGAAAAUCACAGAUGCAGAGGAUUUAGUGCAAAUACACUAAGGUUCCUUGAAAUCUUUGCUAUGAAAAUGUGCCAUAACUAUGUUUCAGAAGAAUAAAUGUAUUUAAGUGGUUUGUGUACGAUCCUCAGAAGGGCAAUAUUUAGUAGACUUAACCAUAUAUAUAAGAAAAACAAUGACAAUCUGUAAUAACACGUUUAAAUCUUUAUAUGUCCACUGUAAAAAAAAUCAGUAGAAAUUACAAUGUUAUUGCAGCUGGGUUCCCGGUAACUUACCGUAGAUUUAAAUUUAUGUUAUUUACUGGCAAGAGUUUGUUCAAAGUUAAAUGCAUUUUAAAUAUUAUCUUUUUAUCUUUACAGAAUAAAACUAUACAAUAACAGCCUCAUGCAAAGCAUUCUCGGAACCAGAAAUCAUCAUGUUUUUUGCUUCAGAUUUUGUUUCCCAGCAUGUUUUGCUUGAUGCUGUUUUUUAGUUUUACUCUGUAAAGACAAGACUUGUUAAUGUUUAAUGUUCAUUUAACUUUGAACAAAAUGUUGCCAGUAAAUCACAUGAAUUUAAUUCUACAGUAAGUUACCGGCAACCCAGCUGCAAUAACACUGUCAUUUCUACAAAAUUUUUUACAGUGUUUGCUUGUUUUUCAAGAGAUAAUAAUUAUUUUGAAAGAUGCACUGUAUAUGCUAUAUAGGUAUAGACAACUUUUAGAAGAUUGAUUCAAUGAAAAUGAUGACAAUCUGUUUGAUUUUAAUAAUGACAAUUGCUUGACAUUCAAAUAAUUUUUCUUUCAAAUGCAAGUGGCAUUCAGAGUUUCACUCAUGAUUUACAUCGGUAAAAAGAUGUUUAGUUUAUCUACGUAUUGUUCUUCCUAAACUUGAUUGGUCAAAUAA